UUUCCGUUUACCUAUUAACUAAAAUUUGAGAAGUUCCUACUUUUUAUUGGCACCUGAACGCAACGCUCGGUCGCUGAUGCUGACGUUGGCUCUUCAUCCGGUGUUAUGAGUUGAGCUACACUCAAGAGCUGGGAAUGCAGCCUCCGCUCCCACCUGAAGCCAUCAGAGAGCUGGUGUGCUCCUGUCUGCACAGAGACCCGGUGGCAGCAGAUCUGCGCUGCAGCCUGUUUGUUGCUGCUGCACAACAUUACAAGAGAGACUCUUUGCUCAGACCCUUCCCUCCCAGAUAUACAAGUGGUGACAAUAAGGACUUUGAGGAGCUGUUGGCAGGUGUAAAAUGUUUGCCUGGUGUGAGAGAGUUGGUGAGACUGCGACCUGGAGAGGGAGACCACCAUCUGGCUCUCACACACUGGAUUCUCUCUUCUAACAGCUUUGCUGUAAAGACACUACAAAAAGAAGAUUAUGCAAAACUCUGCAGCUUGACAGAAAAUGAAGGGAUUACCGCUCCUGUGCCAGACUUUCUCUUUGAGUUGGAAUACUGUGACCUGAUGAAUGCCAGGUUUGAGCGGACUAGGGAUGGACGUGACGUAUUCUAUGCAUUCCACGGGAGUCGUCUGGAGAACUUCCACUCGAUCAUUCACAAUGGGCUUCACUGUCACCUUAACAAGAACUCAGUGUUUGGAGAGGGGACCUACCUCACCAGUGAUCUCAGCAUGGCUCUCCUCUACAGCCCACACAGCAGCGGCUGGACAGAAAGCCUCCUGGGCCCACUGCUCAGCUGUGUGGCCUUGUGUGAAGUCAUUGACCACCCUGAUGUGAAAUGCCAGGUGAAAAAGAAAGAUUCUGAAGUCAUCGACCGACAGCGUUCCAGGGCCAAGAACAGUGAAGGUGGAGACGUUCCCCAGAAGUACUUUGUGGUCACCAACAAUCAGCUUGUGCGUGUGAAGUACCUGUUAGUUUACUCUGAGAAGAGGCAUCUGUCCAGACAUUCCCGCAGCAGCUCUUGGUUCCUGCGACACCACUUUGCCAUCAUGAUGAGUCUCUACCUUCUGCUGCUCCUCUUCCUCGGUGCCUUUAACUCCACCACCUUCCUAAGCUUCUGGAACAGACUCUUCAGAUGAUGAGGCUUCAGGAGACACAGUCUGGACAUCAGGUUGUCCUGUGUGCCUUUAGACUUCAGACCGACUGGAGACCCUAACAGUAAACACACGCACCUUUAAUCUUGUAUCCCUUUACACAUGUUCUGGUCUUUUACCACACUACACCGUCAUUACGCUGUUGUCUGGGCUGAGGGUAGAUGUCUCAUCAGAUGGAAGCUACUCUACAGAGCUGCUGUCCAGUUUUAUUCCUUUGUUGAAUAGAAGUUCAGUUGUUCUUGUACAAAUGUUAAUAAUGUUAGACAGUGUUUAGACUCUGUUUUGACAUGGUUUUUUAACAUUUAGGGUUAGGUUCUAAGUUACUGGUGAAAAAACUCAAUGCAUUUCAGUUACAUUACAGUUUUAUCAAAAGUAGACAGACGUUCAGAACGUACACAUCAUCCAAAUACGCAUGUGAUCAAGGCCACGUCUGUGAACCUAUUAUGGAGACACAUUCUGAAUAAAUGAACCAAAUCGACUUUCAACUGAAGAAAACUCAAACCAAACCUAUUAACUUCAUGACACACUUAACUUUCUCUGUUGAAAAAAAACUUCUCUGUUGAAAAAAAUACUGUAUUCAUUGGGAAAUGGGGAAAAGAAACAACUUGCAAACCUCUUUAUAGAUGACUUCAGACUGUGGGUUUACACUGUGCUCAAAGAUUUUAUUAAAAUAUAUACUGUAGGUAAUUAU